UUUCACGGCAAUAUCCUCAUGGGCCGGCGGCGGGGGGUCUCUGUCCCCCUCCCCGGGGGAAGCGGCGCCCUUCUCGGUAGCGGGGCUCGGGCGAUGCGGACGGAUUUUCUUCACUCAACGAGCAGAGCAUCCAACAUGGCGCUGCGGCCGCCUCCAGCAGUCCGGCAGGACGGCCGCUCGGAGCUUUUCGGCCCUUUUCGGAAGGACUCGGCCGACCGAGGGUGGCAAGCUCCCUCGGCUAUUUCCGGAGACCGCGAGCGGCCGGGCUUCUUCGGGAGCGCUCGGGAGCGCCUUCGGCCGCUGUUCGGGAACGCCGCAGGAGCUGACACUCUUUCUCGGGAAAGAUCGGUGAUCCCGGACGGCUGAGGAUCUCCGCGGCGCGGUACGGGGCUGAGGGAGAGACCGAAGGGCACGUCUGUAGGGAGAGAGCUCAGCCUCGAAGAACAAUAGUAACGGCACCCGACGCCGCGGUCCGCCGAGACCUGCCAAGCAAGCGUCGAGAGGCGGUGGAGCGGAAAAACGGAGGCGCUGCGGAGGGAACCGCUAAGCCAGAGCACAAACCGACAGUUAGGAACCCGCCCGCCUCAAGGACUUAUUAACAUAACAGAUGCCACUCGCCGGCCCUUGACGUCGCCAGCCAUGGGCAUUAUGUCGACACGUCGUCCUCAGAUGCCCAGAGUGCGAAAUGGAACGAGGAGCCCCAUUUUGCAGAGGAGGCCUCCAGAGAAGAAAAGUGACUGCCCCAAGGUCGCCUGGCUGGGAAGGGAUGGAUCGGAUUCAGAAACGGGAUUCCACCUUCUCUAGGAUGGACCUUACCCUUCUAGGAUGCAAAAUGGCCUGCCUUGCCAGAAACUGACCCUGAGCUCUGUAGAGUGGAUAUCUUCCCACAGUCUUCCCCAAGACUUGGAGGGGCCUUUUUGGCUACAACCUGUAGUCGGCUGCCCAUCUUCCUUUGCUUGGGUAACACCUGUGAAUAAGGUCUCCCCACACACACACACAUCCAUUUACACUUUGCACACCACACCUGCGCCCCUCAAUAGAGGCAUUGUCCCCAGGACACAGUAACAUUGACAGAAAAGGAGUCGCAGACACGUCCGAACUGUGCAGAUACGGAGUACUGCAUUAGCUCGUAUAAUCCCAAGAAAUAGGUAAACACCAAUUCUUACAAAUGAAGACACUGAGGUUCAAAGAAGUUUAUCUAUCAUCUACACUAUUAAAAAAAAUUUUUUUUGAGGCAGCUUAAAGCUGACAGGAGACUUUGCCAAGAUCACAUGACCAAUGUGAACAGAGGUAAAAUUAGUGUCCUGUGUCCUGUGUGCUUAAGUUGCAAACAUUAGGAACCAAGUGCAGACUCCAGAAUUCACUCAGGAAAAGUCUGGUGUAUACAGUCCCAGCAUUGAGGUGGAGACCAACAGUUCCCUGAGGCUCAGUGGUCACAGCCCACUCCAUUGGAUGAGUUCCAGGCCAGUGAGAGACCCUGUCUCCAGAAUAAAAGGUGACAGCACCAGAGGAAAGACACCUGAGGUUGUCCCCUGGUCGCCAUACACAUGAGCAUACAAACAAGAUUUGUGUCCUGACUCCUGCUACGUUGUUGGUUUUUC